UAUAAAGUAGCAAGUCUUAUAGAGUUGGCCAAGAUUUUCCGGCCAGGCGUUUUCUGCCUUUAGAAUGGCUUUAGUGUACCGAACCAUGAUGCAGUUAGCUGGGAUUUUAUUUUGUUUGUUGGGAUGGGUGUUAUCCUGCCUCACUACCUAUUUACCUCAGUGGAAAAAUCUCAACUUGGAAUUGAAUGAAUUGGAGAUCUGGACAAUGGGACUCUGGCAAGCCUGUGUAGUUCAAGAAGAAGGGGGAAUGCAGUGCAAGGAAUUCGAUUCUUUUUUGGCUUUACCUCCAGAGCUCAAAAUUUCUAGGAUUCUGAUGUUUGUAUCUAAUGGAUUAGGACUUUCAGGCCUCUUGCUCUCAGGUUUCGGACUGGACUGCUUGAAGAUUGGUGAACAACAACUGGACCUAAAGAGGAGGUUACUGCUGCUGGGAGGAAUACUCUUCUGGAUAUCAGGAGUCACAGCCAUAGUCCCAGUCUCCUGGGUUGCUCACACCACUGUGCAGGAAUUCUGGGAUGAGAAUAUUCCAGACAUCGUUCCCAGGUGGGACUUUGGGGAAGCACUGUUUGUAGGCUGGUUUGCUGGAUUCUGUCUCAUCUUAGGAGGCUCAAUGCUAAAUUGCACUGUCUGUUCUGCUGAUGCUCAGACAUCCUCGGUCCAUUAUACAGUGGCAGAAGAGCAAGAUAACUGCCAGUACCUGGAAAGUAACAACAGACCUAAAAGCCUAAGAGUUUGAGAGAGACAGAAAGGAGGAUUCUUCUUUCAUUUUCAGACACUUAUAACACACGAGCCAGAACCUUGUUCCAAUUAAGAUUCAAAGGACUCUUUGUUCCUUAGCAGAUUCAUUGCACUUGGGCGUCUAAAUUUUCUUCCUGCGCUUUUUCUUUCAAGAGCUGUGUUUUACCCUCCUCAUUACAAAACUGAGAAUGUUGACUUCACCAACAGGAUGAGAUUAAAAUGACUGUGUAAAAAAUCACCACUAUGUAGAUUUUAUCUGAUUCGUUUAAAAUGUAAAAACAAAAAGCAUCCCAAGUUCAAGUUAAGACAGAAAAAAAAUGUAAUAUGAUACCUCUUAUUACACAGCUUCAUACUACUAAAGCUAGUAAUUUAUUUCUAUGGCCCACUGAAUUUCUUCAAGUCAAAAAGUACAAGGAACUAACCUGCCUGUAGGUUUCUGCUGCAAGAAACAAAUCUAAUUCAUGCAAAAAGACUUUUAAUAUGAGUUACAAAUUGCCCUGCAACACUGGCAAAAUGUUUAAAUGAUUUCAGUGAUAGCAUCUAUGGAAUAACGAGUGACUCAUCUUAACACAUGGGAAAUGCAAAGUCCCCCUCACUCCCUAAUCUGAAUGCUCUAGUGUCUACCUAUUUUUAUAUAUCUAUAUAUGUAAGUUAGUAGCAAGCAGAAAACAACCUGUGAGAUAAUGUGUUAAAUGUUGCUCUUGUAAAUAAUCAAUGCUGUUCUUCUCUAUGUAAAUAGUUGAGUUUUAAGCAUGCAUAAUCACAAUAUGUUUCCUAAAAUCUGAUAAAUUCUACAUUUAUUUUACUACAUGAAGGCAGUGUCGUCUUUAGUUUACAGCUUUAAGGAACGGGAUUGCUUCAUUCGUGUCCCAUGCAAUCUAAAUUAACUUUUAUUAAGUAGUUUUGUAUUACGUUGUUUAAUUUAUUAACGCCACCAGACACUGAAAAGCUAUUCUAGAAAGGGAUUGACUAUUGUUAUUUGAAUAGAAACCAAAAAACAACAACCAUAGUUCGUUAUUCAGUUUCAGUGGAGAAUGGGCUUUCUUUCUUUGAAACAAUAGCUUGGCACUGUUUCUUUAUGUGCAAAGUAUUUCUAUGUCAGCAAAUAUGAAAUAUUGCUUCAUGUUCUUUAGCUAACCAAGUAGAAUUUCAGUGUGAGAAUAUGAACAUCUGUUUAUAGCCAGUAUUAACAUAACUUCCAAAAGAUGUAACUGCAGCAAGUUCAGAAAUUAACGCCACAGCUUUUACAACUCCGACUAUGUAAUUUAUGAAAACUUUACAGUAUUUAAUAGGAAAUGAUAGCUAGGGUGUUUAAUAACUUGCAAGGCUGGAAUAGCUUUGGGUUUUAUAUGAUUUGAAGCAAGGUGCCAACAGUACCAUGUGAAUAUUCCAAGAAGGAACUAUGUAAGAAGAAUUAUGUAAAAAAUGUUAAUAUUUUUCCUUUAGCUUUGCCUGAAGAAGU